CCGGGCUCAGCUACGAGGGAGGGGUUGAAUCUGGCUGGGGGGCCCGUCGGCCGCACACAGGGUCUGUGGGGUCCUGGCGGCGCACAUCGGUUGAGGGAGAGCCGAGGGCCUUGGCGGCUGCGGCGGCGACUUUGGCGUCCGUGAGAGGGCGCCUCGGGGUCAGGAUGCGGCGGAGCCCCCGCCCGGGCUCGGCCAAGUCCCCUCACAAGCACACGUCCAACUUCUACAGCGACAACAGCAACAGCUCAGUGAGCGUCACCUCGGGGGACAGCAGCGGGCAACGGUCAGCUGGGCCGGGCCCCGGGGAGCCUGAGGGCAGAAGAGCCCGGGGCUCGAGCUGCGGUGAGCCCGCCUUGAGCGCAGGAGUGCCCGGAGGAACCACAUGGGCUGGAAGCUCUCGGCAGAAGCCUGCGCCUCGGAGCCACAACGGGCAGACCGCCUGUGGCGCGGCAACCGUGAGGGGCGGGGCCUCGGAACCGGCUGGAUCUCCCGUAGCCUCUGAGGAGCAGCUCGACCUUCUCUCGACCCUGGAUCUGAGACAGGAGAUGCCUCCACCGCGCGUGUCCAAGAACUUCUUGAGCCUGCUGUUGCAGGUGCUGAGCGUGUUGCUGUCCCUGGUAGGAGACGCGCUGGUCAUUGUAUACAGGGAGGUCUGUUCCAUCCGGUUCCUGCUCACAGCUGUGUCACUGCUGAGCCUCUUUCUGGCAGCACUCUGGUGGGGGCUGCUGUACCUGGUUCCUCCUUUGGAGAAUGACCUUAGGGGAAGUGCCCAGGACAGGGAGCCAACCUCGCUGUGCCAACCUCCCACCUACAGCGAGUACCAUGAGCGUGUGCGCUCCCAGGGGCAGCAACUGCAGCAGCUUCAGGCCGAGCUGGAUAAACUACACAAGGAGGUGUCCAGCGUUCGUGCAGCCAACAGCGAGAGAGUGGCCAAGAUUGUAUUCCAGAGGCUGAAUGAAGACUUUGUGAGGAAACCUGACUAUGCGCUCAGCUCUGUGGGGGCCUCCAUUGACCUAGAGAAGACGUCACAUGACUAUGAAGACGCAAACACUGCCUACUUCUGGAAUCGCUUCAGCUUCUGGAAUUACGCGCGGCCGCCGACAGUUAUCCUGGAGCCAGAUGUGUUCCCUGGGAAUUGCUGGGCUUUUGAGGGCGACCAGGGCCAGGUGGUGAUCCGGCUACCGGGUCGUGUGCAACUGAGUGACGUCACCCUGCAGCAUCCACCACCCAGUGUGGCACACACUGGGGGAGCCAACAGCGCCCCCCGAGACUUCGCAGUCUACGGCCUCCAGGCUGAUGAUGAGACUGAAGUUUUCUUGGGGAAAUUCACCUUCGAUGUGGAGAAAUCAGAGAUUCAGACUUUCCACCUACAGAAUGAUCCCCCAGCUGCCUUUCCCAAGGUGAAGAUCCAGAUUCUAAGCAACUGGGGCCAUCCCCGUUUCACAUGCUUGUAUCGGGUCCGGGCCCAUGGCAUGCGAACUUCAGAGGGGGCAGGGGACAGUGUCACAGGGGAACCCCAUUAAACAUGCUGAUUGUUGGAGUAGAGUGCAGGUCUGUGCUAAAAGCAGCUGGAUCCAUGCUGAUGGGGGUAGGGAGGGUUCUGGUUGCCUUUGGCAUAUAAAUAUGGCGGGAGGGAGUCUACUUUUCAAUCCACCUUCUUAAUUUGGAGAAGUUCAGAUCAGUAAGAUAGCAGCUCAUGUUUAUGGAGUGCUUACCAGGCACAAGAGAUGGUACUCUGGACAUUCUACACAUUAGCUAAUCCUUGUACUUCAGAGGGGGAACCAUUCAGGUCAGGAACUGCUCAAGGUCACACAGCUAGUGAACAAUGCCACAGUGGAACCCAAACCCACCUUCUUCCAGAGGCCACCCUCUUUAACUCAGAGCUGCCAGUCAGCCUUAAGCUGUAUUUGUGCACCUCAGUUCCUACCUCUAUACUCUGGGACAGUCUCCCCAACUCCUACAGGUACAGUUGGAGAAGUUAACUACCCCUUUUCUUGAAUUAAACAUUCAAAAACUAAGGAGACUUGAGAACCUCUAGGAAGCAUCGGAGUCAAAACUGACACAGGCCUUGUAGUCCCAUUUCAGGCUGUCUUUACUACAAGGCCCAGUACAAGUGGUCUAGUGUUCAUCAGUCCCUGCCCUCAGGGAGCCUGACAGGGGAGGGAGGAUGCUCCAGGAAACAAUUCCUUUAUUGAUCCAAGAAUUCUUUACUCUAAGGGUCAAAGUAGAAUUGAAAGAAUAAAAGAUGGAAGAAUCAGGCAUCAAAGAUUAAGGAGUUCUACCUAGGCAAAAAGAAAAGGGGGACCAGCCUGGGCAAAGGAACAUGCACCAUCUUGCCUGUUGAGAUCCUCCCAGUGUGUUCACGCACUGGAAGAAUAUAUAUACAGAUUAUAAACAGUGCUUAGAUCUCUAGGAAGUGGAAAUGCAUACAUAUAUGUGAGAGUGAAGCACAUAUCCAUUUGUUUAAAUUUUUAGGAUAUUACUUUCAUUAUU